CGUUACCGCGUGUGUGUAUGUGUUCAGUUAUCAGUGUCACGAGUAUGGUAUACCUACUGUUGGUACUGAUGCUGGCUACAGCUACAACAACAGCACAAACAUCAGAUCAUGUGAAACAGGCCCUGGAAUAUGUAUAUCGUGUGGAAAACAGCCAAUGUACUGGCGGCACCGAGGAGGUCCUGAAUCUGUUCUUCAACAACACGGUAUGGAGCGUGUACACAGAGCCCGCCAUCAGGACAGCCAACUUCCUUACCGAAGUUAUCCUCCAGAAAGGCGAUCUCCUCUCACUUACGGACGAAAUUCUCUUCACUCUCGUCCGGAACAACAUCCAUGGCAGUGACGUCCUAUUUGGGUCAGCCAUUGCCGUGGAAACGGGCGUAACGCAAUACGACUCGUUUUGUCCAUAUGCCUACAAGAAAAACGGAACAGUGUUUGCGCACGACAUUGCUAUUAAUUAUAAUUACAAAUCUGACAGCACGGAGUGGUACCACAUCCUUAAGGUCACAAACUGGGAAAAUGUCACGAGGACAACCGACAAGGUCAGAUACAGAUCUGGAACCAGUCUGUUGCCGUCCAGUGACAUCACUAAAGUGCUGGCAAAGUUGGCGGACGGACACUGGACAAAGCCGUACUUUGACUGCGGAGGGGGUGACAUCUGGAUGGUGACCUACUCGGCACCAAUAUUUUAUUACAACGCCACAACCGAAUCACUAUCCUUUCAGGGCGUGGCUACGAUUGACAUUGAGCUGACACACAUCGACAUCAACCAAUGCGAUCUGGACCAAAGUGAGGCUGGAGCUCUGGAUGUCUUUCGUGGUACCCACAGCUGUAUGUUGACCACACAGUGUGUAUUUGCGGCCGGACAUGGGUUCAAAAGAGGAGCAUACAAGUGUGUGUGCCAACCAGGGUACUACUUUCCGGAAGUUGACGCUGAUAUCAAAUACUUCAGCGGUAUCGAAAUAGAACGAUUGUACUCAGAAAACAAUACUGUCGCCAUGGCGGGCAUGAUAUGUAAGACAUGCGCAGCAGGAUGUGACACAUGCGUAGACGCAUCACCUUGUCUUUACCAAAGCCAGCUUGCUCUCCGACUUCCGGUGCUCAUCUUAACCAUUAUCACUAUGACCCUCAUCAUCAUCGUCGCCUGUAUCACAUACAUUUACCGGUUUGAAAUGGCCAUAAAAACCGGAAGUCCUAUAUUCCUGAUGAUUAUGUGUACCGGAAGUAUCCUGAUGUGCACGAAGAUGUUUAUCGCCUUUCCGGAUGCUACUGAACUGCUGUGUAUCCUGGAACAAUGGCUGUUUCAUACCGGUUUUGUCCUCAUGUAUGGCGCACUACUGCUGAAGACGUGGAGAAUAUCGGUGAUAUUUCGGGUUGGACAGUUGAAGCGUGUUUACCUACCAGAUAAGAUUCUCCUCCAGAGGAUGAUCCCCCUCCUGGCGGUCACCGCAACCUAUCUGACCGCCUGGACAGCGUCCGAAUGGCCACGAGUGACCACGAGAAGGACGGUUAGCAAACUCAAAUUCCAAGUUUGUGUGCAAGGGUGGUGGUCGUACGGGAUGCAAGGAGCCGAAGCCAUCAUGCUUCUUGCCGGAGUGUACUUGUGCUUUACUGUAAGAAAAGCGCCGGCCCACUUCAAUGAGAGUAAACACAUCACAUGGUCUACUUACAACGCCAUAAUCCUCGGGACAUUCCUCGUCAUCGUCAUACAUUUCAUCAGCAACACAAAUUCUGGUCCGGAUUAUGUCUACCUUAUAUAUUUCCUACAAGUGCAAGUGUUCGUAACCAUCACAUCUGCUCUAAUUUUUACACCAAAGUUUUAUGCCCUGUACAAAAAAAUUGAAGUUCGUGAACUAGAUAAUGAAAGUAUGCCAACAGUCUCGCGCACUGUUACUGGGCGGGAAAAGGUCAACGUUAUGAAGGUCAUUAAUGCAAAAGCACCGAAAAGGACGGUAUCCACGCAGACGGAGGACAAACUGACUUUGUCAUCGGAAUGGGUCAGCAAGACUCCUUCUCAAAUAACGAUAAAUCUGACCGGUCGAAAUCGAGUUCAUCCUGCCCGUCCUGCACUUCCACUUGACCCACAUGAGGAACAAGCAUAACAACGGAUAGGAUGAAGGUGUCAUGUAUUCCCGUAAGACGAUUAACGCUUCUACCGUUACGGUUGAUGUCGCAUGGAAGAAUUAUCUUGUUUAAAGGAUAGUGAAUGACACAGUUUUGUAACGUCAAUUUUAGGAAACAGAACAUUCUUGUCACAGAUCCAAUACAACGAAAGCUGUCCAUCUUCAAUAACGUUCCUUCAACAAUAAAUCCAGCGGGAUGUCAUGUCUACGACUUGCAUUGGAGAACAAAGAUUACAGCGAAAGUCGGUUGAUGUGCAACAGCUCAUGAACAAAUGUGACAUUUUAUCAUCUAGAGCUAAUGUCGGCGAAUUUCUUCACAAUAAGAAGUACAAUGUAUUAUCUGAUGCCUGAACAGAAUGUUGGUUAAGGGUAUCACAGACUAUAUAAAUACGGCAACUAUUAAAACCGAAGUUUCUCAACCCUUGGUUAGGCAUUGCCUUGGACAAGUUCUCUUUUUAGACUAUAUAAAUACAUUGCCAGCCAAUGAAAUUGCUACAUUUUUGUCAGAGGCGGGAUAAAGAUUAUGAUAAUGAUUUUGUUGUCAUUUCUCCAGGUUAGAAAGGUAAGAAAUGUGCGACAGAACUGGUCAAGGCAACGAGCCUGCCAACUGGAAACGCAUUACCUACAUAGUCUACGCGUAUAGCCGCUACAAAAAUACAAAAAGAAAAUUAUUGCAGAGACCAAUCCAGUAAAAUAUCGCUGCAAAUGUCAAUAGUGUAGUAGUAAGUUUCUGCUACCACUAGCCCUCAACCACUUGGUCGCGGGUUCGAGACCUAC